GGGCAGAGGAAGCUAACUGGCUGGAACCAGGCUUGCCUUGUCCCUUUUUUUGGCCACCUUAUCUUUUCAGUCACUAACCACAUCCUACCCGGCAGUUCAGCUAGAAGUUAAUGUUUGACGGAAGUGGUUGCCUGUCGGCCAGAGGGAACUCUCGUCACUCAGAAGCUGGCGGGGCAAGGAACAGGGAGUGCCUGGAGAAAACCCGAAGGGCUUAGCCUUCCUUCCAUCAAGGAGAAUUGGAUGCACCCUGAAGCGUGUGAGGAGGAAUUAGGUACACGACAGAAACAAUACUUAGAAGAAAGAAGCAUUUCCUUCGUGGUUCUUCUUUUUUAAAGCGAAUAAUGGUUUGUCUCAUCUCUUUCCUGGAUUGACUAAUCCACUAAUGUGACUGGUGUGAGGUGCUGAUUCAGAAAAAAAAGUUGUGUUGCCUGUUUGGGUGUAGCUCUGCUCAUGGAGACAGGAAACAGCCAGCAGGGUUGUUGGGAUAUAAUUGAUGAAACCCACAUUAAAGAAUUUGAAGUGGACCAAUGGAUCAAGAUCACCCUAGCCCUUAUCUACGUCGUCAUCUUUGUGGCAGGCAUUGUGGGCAACAGUGUCACCAUCCGGACAACCAAACUGCUGCAGAAGAAGGGCUACUUGCAGAAAGAGGUCACAGACCACAUGGUGAGCCUCGCAUGCUCGGACCUGCUGGUCCUCUUGCUGGGGAUGCCCGUGGAGUUCUUCAGUAUGAUCUGGACCCCUUUCUCCACCCCUCAAGGCAACCUCGCCUGCAAGCUCUACUGCUUCCUUUUUGAGGCCUGCAGCUAUGCUACGGUGCUGCAUGUGGCCACUCUCAGCUUUGAAAGGUACAUUGCCAUCUGCCACCCUUUCAAGUUUAAAGCUGCUUCUGGGCCCUGCAAAGUGAGGAUCCUCAUUGCCUUUGUCUGGAUUACAUCUGUCCUUGUGGCCUUACCUCUUCUCUUUGCGAUGGGCACAGAGUACCCGUUGGAAGCCAUCCAGGGCCACCGAGGAUUGGUUCCCUGCAGCAAACCCAAACCCCGGCACCACAUGCCUAACUUGAUGCUAAAUGUCACCAUAUGCACCAGCUUGUCGUCUCGAUGGAAGGCCUUCCAGUCUGGUAUCUUCACUGCUUUUAUUGUGUAUGUCGUAGUGUUGGUAUCUGUGGCUUUUAUGUGCCGGAAUAUGAUGAAAGCCCUGAUGAUCCACAAACAAGGGACCUUAGCCGUGAGAGGGGAGAGAGAAAGCCAAAACCAGUACCUAAGGAAAAACGAGAAUCCCGAUGGCAGGAGUUCCAGAAAACAGACUAUCCUCUUCCUAGGAUUGAUCGUUGCCUCUCUGGCAAUAUGCUGGAUGCCAAAUCAAGUUCGAAGGAUCAUGGCUGCUGCUAGACCUAAGCAGGACUGGACAGUCCCCUACUUCAGAGCAUACAUCACCCUGCUCCCUAUAGCAGAUACGUUCUUCUACCUCAGCUCCGUCGUGAACCCGCUCCUGUACAAUAUCUCCUCCCAGCAGUUCCGGAAUGUGUUUGUUCAGGUCCUCCGCUGUCGCCUGACACUGGAACACGCCAACAAACAGAAGCUUUUGAGAGCCAAUUUGAAUUCUGCAGCCGAUAGCGGCCGCUCGCGGCACCCAUUGAUCUUCGCGUCAUCCGCCAUGCGCAAGUCUUCCACCAAGAGCGCUAACAAGGGUUUCUUAAGUACUUUUCAGAGCGAAACCAAGCCUGGCUGCAGUUUGCAGAAAUUGAGUCUUGAAUCACUGGAGCUGAAUGUGAAAACGAUGCCACUGGAGACUUGCACAGAUCCUAGCCCUGCUAACCAAAAUGGACUUUGUGAACACGAACUGUGAAUCCACAUUAAAAAAAACAGAGCCG